AUUGUGAUCACACAAACUCACUACACUACACUCUUGAUCCCUUUUCACAUUAUUUACCAGGGAAAAUCAAGAAAUUCACCCAAAUUGUCAGAGAAAACAAUAAUUUCGCAACACAAAAAUAGACUCCAUGUCGCGCACUGAGUCACUGACACAGUACUAAAAGGGUUAACAACUGUACCUGGUACUUGUUUGGCAAAAAUAUGUCCUUACGUACCAUAUAGCCUUGUAUUGGAAUUUGUGAUCGGCCGGGAGAAUAUUUUUUUCUUCUUCUCUGAACAUUUUGGUGAUAACAAAGGGAGAUUUUUGCGUAAUAAUGUUCUCGGCGGUUUCACGGGGUGCUCAAGUGACCAGAAUUGUGGGGCAGGGUCGUAGGCUGCUGCAUACAUCCACCUCAAGACUGAGUAACAUCUACAAGAUCCAGACUAUUGAGGAAUUCACUGAGAAAGUCAGCAACAGCAAAACUCCAGUUAUUGUGGACUUUUUUGCAACCUGGUGCGGACCUUGCAAAAUGCUCACUCCCCGGAUCGAAUCGAUCAUUCAGGAGAAUGAAGGAAAAAUCUCACUUGUGAAGGUGGACGUGGAUGAGCAUAGUGAUUUAGCCCUGGAUCACGAAGUAUCUUCCGUUCCGGUUCUAGUGGCCUUCAACAAGGGCAAGGAAGAAAACCGCAUUAUUGGCCUUCAGGACACUGACAAGCUUCGCAAAUGGGUUGGAGAUUUUGUCAAGAAGUCCUCCUAGAAGAUCCCAAUCCUAGAUAGAAUGUAGAAAUCUUGUAAAGAGCUUUUGAUGAGUGUGAAUAAAGCAAAUUAUGAAAAAGUAAGGUUAGGUUAGUUUGUUAUUGUUUUGACACCACGCAAACAUGUCUGAGAAAAAGGAAAAAUCUCUGAUAAAUAGUGAAAAACCGAGAAAAAGAAAAGCCGAAAAGGAUAGAGG